CACAAUGCGGAAGAGUUGCCGGUUACAGUACAUCUUAAAAUAGUUGUACAUUUAUCUAUGUAUGCAGUCAUUUUAAACAUUUUUGUUUUAUUGACAGAUUCACUAUAUGUGCCUAACUGAUGAUUUCUGUACUGCAGUGACUGAAUCUCAUUUUGAGCUAUCUAGGGACCGUUUAUCGCAAAACACCUGAGGUGUGUUUCUUUACUUGUAGGGAAAAAUAUCCGUAUUUGCACCAGCUCACAGGUGACUUAUACACAGGAAUUAGGUCGGGUCUGCAGUCAUUCUGAGCUACUGAAAUAAUACCAUCCCUGCUUCCUUUUAGGUUUUGCCUUCCACGCAAAUCAAAGACAGAAUAAGUCGUUGGUGUGUGAUUUAAUUUGUAUUUAAUUAGCGUUUAUCAUUGCUAAAAAAUAAUAAUAAAAGAAGACGCGCUAGUGGUUCAGAAAAUCCCUGGACAUUGAGUUUAGCUUUAAAAUGGAUUACCAGCAUAUAGCAAAUGCCGUGGCCGACAGCCUCGUCGCGUACUCCAAGGACGAGUCGGGAUGGAAAGCCUGCAAGAAAACGGACGCGGUUACCGUCUACUGGCGCCCGUCAGCCGAGUUCCCCGGCAAUUUAUACAAAGGCGAUGGGGUUAUCAGUGCGAGCCCCGAGAGGGUGUGGGACUGUUUAAAGCCGCUACCGGACGGGCUGCGAGUGAAAUGGGACGAGAACGUCAAGAAGUUUGAGCUGAUUGAAACGGUGAACGACACCGUGUCUGUGUGUCGUACCGUCACCCCCUCGGCCGCCAUGGGCAUCAUCGCACCUCGAGACUUUGUGGAUGUGGUUCUAGUAAAGCGCUAUGAAGACGGCAGGAUUACGUCCAACGCUACCCAUGUAGAUCACUGCGAUUGUCCCCCGCAGUCUGGGUUUGUUAGAGGGUUUAACCACCCCUGUGGCUGCUUCUGUGUUCCCGUCCCUGGGGAGCCAAAUAAGACUCAGCUGCUGAGCUUCUUCCAGACGGACCUGGGGGGCUACCUGCCCCGCUCAGUCGUCGACUCCUUCUUCCCCUCCAGCAUGGCUCAGUUUUACAGCAACCUCACCAAAGCUGUUAAAUCCCUGAAAGAUUUUUGAUGGUUGCCUUUCCGGGGGCUGUGAGUGAAAUCUGAUGUGGUCCAUUCCUUCUCUACUGGGUUGUGCCACCAUUCAUAUCCGUUACAGUUUUGUAAAACCUCAUCAGUGAUGCUGUGUCGCCGACAAAACAUAUUCCCAGAUUCCAGCGGUGGGCAGGCUUCUGCUAAUCUGCUAACCACUAAUUAGCGAGGCUAACUUUUUAGUUAGUUGAUUAGCAUUUCCGAUAACUUAGAAAACCGUUAGUGGACCAAUUAUCUUCCGCAAAAUUUAGUUGCCCUUACUGUAAAUCCGCUAACAUUUUUUUCACAGGUAAAGUGAAUGAAGUUUAACAGUCAAAAACAUUUGCAAACCGUAAAAUCAUACAUAUUUGCUCCUGUCUCUGCAACAGUGUUAUACUGCAUUAUAUAUAUAUAUCACAUUCCAUGCUGCUGGCACGUCCAUUUAAACUGGGUUAUACUGCACUAUAUAUAUAUCACAUUCCAUGCUGCUGGCACGUCCAUUUAAACUGGGUUAUACUGAACUAAGCAGAGAACGGGGGCCUGUAUCAUGAAGCUGGUUUUCCUGCUUAGCCGGAUAACUUGUCAGAUUUAAGGUACCCUAGUUUAAAUUGACUUUAUUGUCGUUCACUUUACAUUUAGCUCAGACUGUCAUAAAUUUGGCAAGUUGUCCGGCUUCUUGAUACAGAAAUCCGACUGUAUUUUCCGGACUCUGAUUGACACAGUUGUAAUUCAGUAAAGACCCGAGACACUCCUUCUGGGUACAGGGUGCCAUCUUUAUAGGUGCCAUCUUUAUAGUCCCCAGGCGGCUUCACUGAGGGCAAGAAGUCAGUAUGAGCCAGUUGUGAAAUAGGGCUUCGCCAACAAAAACGCUUAUAUUUCACAAACGGAAUAUCAUAGAAAGAAAACUUCAAUGCACAUUUAUUUCAGGGACUCUAUAGAAUCUAACGAUACCCAAUUGAGUAAGUCCUAAAUAUCCCCUAGUAAUCACUCUAGUUUGAAAGGUGGGACUUAAGUGUUAAACAGGUUAAAUUUUUAGCUAUCUAAGUAUGUUUUAAGGGCUUCAGAGCCAAAAACCAAACUGAUAAUAAAUUCAAAUAAUAAAAGUUAGCGGUUAGUGGUUAUUGUUAGCUUCCGGUAAUUUUUUUUUAGCAGCUUAUCGGUUAAUCGUCAUUGAAUUAGUUAGCGAAUUAGCGGUUAUCAAAGCUUUUCGUUUAGCUGUGCCCCCCAUUGCCAGAUUCUCAUGCAGCACCUCUACAGUAGCUCAAGAUAGCUCUUUUAAAACCUGCAAAUAUGUAGAGAUGGUUAAAUGACUGAAGGUAAUUAGUUUGGCCUCUGACUUUCUAACAUUCACGGGCAUUUCACUAACAUGUCUGCAGCAUUUCUAACACACCUACCAUCCUGUCUACUGUUGUUGUUUCUUUAAUUGUAGCUGUUUAUUACUGUCUUGCGUGUAGUACAUGUAUAUUAAGAAGGGCUUAUCAGUGAACUGCAGAUGUGUAGGUGUUAAAAAGGGAUUUUAUUUUUGUGUGUUGUACUUUCCUAUGUGACUAGAAUGUGGGAAUUUCAUAGCUCAUGAAGUGUGAUGUCAUGAUGUUUGCAUUGCAUGUGCUUGGUUAUCAAAUUUGUGUGCUGAACCUGCUUGAUCCAGUGAGUUAACCUAUACAGCUUUGGUUCAGAGGGGGAAGACCUCCUUUACAUCAUAUGGAGUUGGGGAAAUCAGGGACCUUCAUGGUGGCCAGCUUACUCUGUGUGUGAUUACUUUUGUCUGUAAACAUUACUGUUAUGGUAAUGCAUGCACCCAGUUCUUACAUGCUAGAUCUAUUUUAAUGAUGGAACACUCUUUUGUGUCUUUUCCAAAUUUAAUGUAUACAGUUUUAUUCUUUAUAGGGCUGCAUGAUAUUACAUCACAAUAUAGCAGCCCUAUUUAGACUGAUGAUGUGGACAUCAGUCAACCAAAUAUGGUCUGUUUCCUCCAGGGGAUGUUUCUGGUUCAGUAAGUACUGUAUUGAAUUUUUUUUAUCUGUGUAAGUCGAAAAUCUAAUUUUUUCUCUUUGUCCUUGAGUGUCGUCCCUUUCCUGUCCACUCUUGUGUAGUCUGGAAAAACACUGAUCUUCCUAACCCAGAGGGUCAUGUAAUUAGGCUAUUUAUUAUUGUGUGAUGCAGGUGUGUUGAUUUUAUUGUGUAGGGUGUAGAUUUCUGUGUAUGUAAUCAAAGUGCUGCUCUGGAAAUGAUCACCUUAAUGAAUGCUACUGACUGGCAGGGAGGAUAAAUGCUGAAAAUGGGACUUUGUGCCAUUGUACACAUUCAACUUGUUCUACAUUCCACCAGCAUCCUUAUUAAAAUGAUUGGGGUCUAUGUC